AUGGAAGGCGACUACACCGACGAGCCCUUGGUUAGCUGCGGAAGGCCGUUCCGACAUCGCAAGGAUGAAAUCGAUUUGGGUGAUCUGGGAUUGUGGUCUGUCUCGAGUGCGAAACCAGGUUUCGGAGUUGAGAAUUUGAGGGAUGACUCUGUACAUACUCUUUGGCAGUCGGAAGGGCCACAACCUCAUUUCAUUCGCAUAGAGUUUCCCAAAAAGACGAUUGUGACGCAAAUCUCUAUCUUUGUAGAUGUCACAUUGGAUGAUUCAUAUACUCCCUGCAAGCUCUCGAUUUCUUUAGGGACAUUCAAGCAGGACCUUCAAGUGGUCAAAAUCAUUGAACUCAUAAAUCCCCGCGGAUGGCACCACAUUCGACUUGUUGAUAGAGAGGAAGAGGAGCCGGGGGAUGAUGAUGAUGAUAGCGAUGACUCAGACUCAGGUUUUGCAGCGAAAGGCCAUUUAUUUCAGGUCGCGAUCUUGGCUAACCAUCUGAACGGGAAAGACACGCACAUCCGGUGCCUCAAGAUAUUGGGUCCUCGAUCACAAAGCAGACAACGCUGGGAUGGAUUCGGGCCCAAUCGCCAUGAACUUUUACUAAUGCAUGAGACCAUUAGAUAA